AAACCCAGGACGGGAGGCACGGCAGAGCCAGGAGUGGGCCAGCAGAGGGAGGAGCUGGCGAGAAUGGUGGCCGAGCUGGCGGCCACGCAGCAGGAGCAGGCGGCGGUGUGGCGCCGCAGGCGGGAAGAGCUGCAGGACCAGACUGAACGCCACCUGCAGAGGAUGGAGAAUCUGGCGGCGCUGAUCCGGUCCUGCCCGACACCACCGCCACCCCCACCGGCGCUCCCCAAUGGCGCUGGAGUGGAGGAGAUCCAGUCCGUGCAGGCGCCCGUGCCGGCCCCCAGGUUGCGACCAGCUAGCACGCAGCCUGCCACAGCACCUGUCCCCACACCUCGCGUGGGAGCCGCUGGGGCUCUGCAGGGCCCGGUGCCCGUUCCUGCGCCCCGGAAGAAGGCGGCGGAGCCGGCAGCGGCGAUGGCGGCGCCCGAGGAGCCGCUCCAGCCGGUAGAGGCAGCGCCGGAGGCGCAGCGAGGGGAGCGUGAGCUGGUCCCACUGGGAGGGGCGGAGAAGCCGCGGGAUAAGCCGGUGGUGCCCGUGCUAAGGGAGUCCGCGCCACCGAAGCCCGAGGUUAGCGGGGUGAGCAGAGUGGCCUCACCUCCACCAGAGGCCGGUGCCUGCCGGACAUCUGCCCAGCCGCCUGCGAGCCGGGGCGCACGACCGCGCCGCGUCCACCUGCCACGUGGCCGACCUCCGGACCAGCUUCGCCGACGCUGCUGGGUUCGCGGGCGGCCACCUGAACUCACAACUCCACGUCGCUUGGCCAGGGCCCGGGGGCGCCGACGGUCCGGGCUGAUCCCCUCUCCCGCUCGCGGUGGGGGGAGUACGUUCGGCCGGAUGGUUCCCCGGCCUCAGUCAGGCGAUGGGGGUAUGUGGCGGGGCGUGGCCUGCGGUGCCGUGCAGAGGAGGCGGACGCACCUGCACGGCAUCCGCAAUCACGCCCCGCCGAAUUAAAUAUUGUACUGGGUCCUGUGUAUGGGGUUGUUGUGGUAAUGUUGAGCGGGCAGCGGGAGAGCUGCAGCUCUGUUUGCGUUGUAAACAGCAACCGGCUAAGUAUUAAUAAAAAGCAUCAAAAUGCCACUGGGUCUGCCGUGUAUGUUUACAGGGUGUAACCUCCAUUCUCUCACCAGAGGACCCCCCCUGGAGAGAAGGUCCGGCCCCAGGUUCAGGUGGCCCGGGACAUGGGUGGCUCUUAGAGUCAGAAAAUGAACACUGCACCAUAACAGCAGAGAGCGAGACAGCUGCAACAGGGGAAGAGAGCGUGUUCCUCCCUGCCUGUUUAUGUAAGACACCACUGUUGAAUUGUCCGUCCUGACUAAGACAUGCUGGCCCUGCAGGACUGGACGGAAAUGCUUUAGAGCUAAGAACACUGCUAACAGCUCUAAGUGGUUGAUGUGCAGCUGGCGCUGAGCCGCGGACCAGAUCCCUCUCACUGACGCACCCUCGCACAGCGCUCCCCACCCACUUAGGGAAGCAUCCGUGGACACCACCUUGCGAAACAACACCCUCCCAAUCUGAGAGCCCUGAUGCAGCAGCCUGGGCUCCCUCCAAGGACUGCGAGCUAGCAUGCAAGACACUGUUACCGGCAGCCUCCUCCGGAGGUGACGCAAUGCACACAAACGGUGUGAGAGAGUCCAGCGUUGAAACCAGAGGCGGAGCCAGGCAUUUGAAACACCCGAGGCUUAGCCCUAAAGGGUAGUAUGC